AUGCUUGACAAUCAGUUGAACAAUACAACAGGCUGUAUGAAAGCAGCCGCGAUGUCUUCUGAGGACUCGCGUUCGCCAGUGGCCAUCGCCAUACAGGCUGCCUUCAUGCUCAUCAUAAUUCUUUCUUCCCUGGUGGGCAACACACUAAUUGUGCUCGCCAUGUAUCGAAAUAUCAGCCUUCGAAGCAUCACCAGUGUGUUCAUAGCAAAUCUUGCUAUGGCGGACUUUCUUCUGGCCCUUCUAGGAAUGCCAUUCACCAUGGCUUCGUCCAUCACGUACGACUGGGUUUUCGGGAAAGUAUGGUGCACCAUAAACGGCAUGUUCAACUCUAUCUUUUGCAUCGCUUCAAUGCUCUCCCUUGCAGCAGUAUCCAUUGACCGAUACGUUGCAAUCAUCAAGCCACUUCAGUAUCCUUUGAUAAUGACCUCCCGCCUUGCCUUCUGUAUGAUAUCAUAUGUUUGGUUCCACGCAAUCAUUCUCUCCUUUUUGCCCGUUUUUGGCUGGUCCACGUACAUCUACAUUGCAAACGAGUCGAUCUGCACUGCAAACUGGGGGUUAGACAUCCCUUACACCUUAUUUAUCUUUGCGUCGAGUUUUUUUGCUCCAUUUAUGGUGAUGGCUUAUUGCUAUUAUCAUAUUCUUCGUGCGGCGAGAAGGCAAUCCAAGACAAUUGUUCCACGUGUCGGAGAACUUAAAGAUGAGACACUGCAAACGAUGGUGGCUGUACCGGUGGCUUUUGGAACUGAAAAGGGAAAAGUUUCGGAUCCUCCGUCUUCAGCUGCGGAUAAAGCCAAAGAAAGGGAGGCAAAGGAGAAGUUUAACAGAGAAACACGGGCCGCGAAAACGCUUCUAAUAGUGAUGGGCACCUUCUUUUUUUGCUGGGCACCUCACUUUAUUGGAAUGAUUUGUUUACUUUUUCCAAGCUGCAAUUGGCCUGAUGCUUUCUUUGCGACUACAACAUGGCUGGCUAUGUUGAACAGCGGGUGCAAUCCAAUUAUUUAUGGCGUGAUGAACAAAAAAUUCAGACAGAAUUUCAAAGAUAUACUUAUGUGUCGGAAAAGAACUAACAGGAACUAUAGUCAUCGGGAGAUGAGUAGUUCUUCGUGA